UGCUAUCACCUGACAGUCAUGUGACCAUUUUGUAAACAAACAAAAUGAUUACUGUUAUCGUCACCCUUUCAUUGAUUAUCAACGUCAGUUCACAAAACUUACCUAUUAUUAUCAACACCUGGUUUGUUUCUAACGCUACCAAUGCAGCAUGGAAAGAAUUAACUGCCCAUGCUGGUUCUGCAGUGGAUGCUGUCGUGGCUGGAUGCAGUCAGUGUGAAGCCUCCCAAUGCAGAGGGACUGUUGGAUUUGGAGGUGACCCAGAUGAGAAUGGUGAAACAACCCUUGACGCCAUGAUAAUGGACGGUAAAACAAUGGAUGUUGGUGCCGUGGCUGCUUUGAGAAUGGUCAAACCAGCAAUAGCUGUUGCUCGAGCUGUGAUGGAUUAUACAGAACACACAUUGUUAGUGGGAGACCAAGCCUCGUUAUUUGCCAAUGACAUGGGAUUUACCAUAGAAACGCUGACGACAGACAAAUCUUACAUCGAAUGGAAGAACUGGAUUGACAAUAAAUGUCAGCCAAAUUUUAGAAAAAAUGUUAUUCCAGAUCACACAACUAGCUGUGGUCCAUAUAAACCAAAGAAAAGAUUAGAAAAACAGCAUCACAACACUCGUUCGAAUUUUGGUAUUUCCCCCAACAAUCACGACACUAUUGGAAUGAUUGCUAUUGACAAGGAUGGUAAUAUUAGUGCUGGUACCUCCACCAAUGGACUAAAACAUAAAGUUCCCGGGCGUGUCGGUGAUUCUCCUUUGAUGGGAGCAGGAUCGUAUGCUAUGAAUGGAGCGGGUGGAGCUGCUUGUACAGGGGAUGGGGAUAUCAUGAUGAGAUUUCUACCAUCAUUCCAAGCUGUAAUGUUGAUGAAAUCAGGAAUGGAACCAUCUCGUGCGCUUAGAGAAGCAAUGGCACCCAUAAUUCAAUACUACCCAUCUUUUUUUGGUGCCAUGAUCGCAGUCAGUAGUAAUGGAACGUUUGGUGCAGCCUGUCACGGGUAUAAGACAUUUCCAUUUUGUGUUGUAAAUCCAUCAUUCCACGAGGUGAAAGUAUUAUCAGUAGAGUGCUCUUGACAAUUACAAAUGUAUAACGUGUAACUCUUUUCAUUAAUAUUUCAAACCAAUGUCAGACAAGAGGAUGCCAUUCUUCUACUUAUAAAACGUUUACGUUUACAUGCUUCUAUACAGUGUAGAGGCAAACAUGUGCAUACUCAUUCAAAUGGCUAUAGGUAAACAUUUCAGCACUCAAUAUUGCUUGUGUAGCGUAUAUUAUGAUCCAACUGGUCUAAAUCCCCCCAUAUAUAUUUCUACAAUGCGUUUAGUGCUAAAAUGAAUGGAUGAUAUAAAUGAUGUUUAAUAGAAUAGUUUUAAAUUGUGUAGAUAUGUAUAUUUUGCAAAAUUUUGAGUCGUGUUGAUAUGUAAAUGUCUUCUGGGGUUUAGUUGUGUAAAUAGGAAUGCCUGCUGAAUUUUGAGUUGUGUAGAAAUGUGGUUGUUUGCAGAAUUUUCAGGUGUGAAGAUUUGUUAAUGUUUCCAGAAUUCAAGGAAUUAACUGUGAAGAAAUGUGAAAAGAUAGCAAAAUUUUGAUUUGUGCAAAUAUGUGCACGGUAAUAUGAGAUCAAUAGACAUGUGACUAUUUGAAGAAUUUCGAGUUCUAUAAAUCUAUAUGGGAAUGAACUACAAGACUGGGUAUUUGUAGACAUGUGAAUGUUUUUAGAAUAUUAGAUUGAAUUACAUUUCUUCACGUUUUUAGUACUUUAAUAAUAUCC